UCGAUCCGAGGGAGCAGCUGAUCGGCCUUUGGAUGCUUCGCAAUCAUCACUCGGCAAUCCCUGUACGAGGCUGGGGGAAACUUUGAAGUAAACCAUCCCUCUCCUCCGCCACCACCGAGCGAGAGCAGCCCGCUCCGAGCGAUGGAGGGUGUCCCUCCCGGCUGUGAGGAAGGGACAAGGACGUUCGGCUCUGUCUCGCUGGUGAAACGCAGUCCACCUGCGCUAUCCCGUGCGCGGCUCCCUCGUCCAGCGGGCAAGACCCCAGGCGAAAAUACAGGCCAGGAUCCGAAAUCGUCAAUAACCCAGAGACGGUCGGCCUACGCGAGGAGAUGGCAGAGGGAGUGCGGGCCCCGCCUGGCGCCCAGGGUGCCUACCAGUGCCUGGAGUGCGGAAAAGCCUUCAAGUGGUCGUCACGGCUGACCCACCACCAGAGGAGCCACACGGGGGAGAGGCCUUACAAGUGCCUGGAGUGCGGCAAGGCCUUCAAAGGCUCGUCGGCCCUUCUGUACCACCAGCGCGGGCACACGGGGGAGAGGCCUUACAAGUGCUCGGAGUGCGGCAAGGCCUUCAAACGGGCCUCGCUGUUGGCCGUGCACCAGCGGGUCCACACGGGCGCCCGGGUCUUCCGGUGCCAGUUCUGCGGCCUGACCUUCAAGUGGUCCUCCCACUACCAGUACCACCUGCGGCAGCACACGGGUGAGAGGCCCUACCAGUGCUCGGACUGCGGCAAGGCCUUCCGCAACUCCUCCAGCCUGUCGCGGCACCGCCACCUCCACACGGGGGCCCGGCCCUUCCCCUGCCGGGUGUGCGGCAAGGCCUUCGCCCAGAGCUCCAACCUGCAGCAGCACCAGCGCACCCACACGGGCGAGCGGCCCUACGGUUGCGGGGAGUGCGGCCGGGCCUUCACACAUUCCUCCAACCUGCUGCUCCACCGCCGCACCCACACGGACCAGGCACCCCUCCCCUGCCGGGUCUGCGGCAAAUCUUUCGCCGCCCCGGCCUACCUCCGCCGGCACCUGCGCACCCACGGGAGUUUGGCGGGCGCUGAGGAGAGGGGAGCCGGAGGAGGAGGAGGGCCGGAGCCUCCCGGCGUGGAGGAAGGGGAGGGAGACCCGGCGACGGUGGCCGGGGAGGAGGUGGUAGUGGUCGAGGAGUUGGAGGAAGAAGUGGUGCCCUGCCCGCUAGCGGCCGGGGAUGAGGCGCCCUACAAAUGCGCCGUCUGCGAUGCCAGCUUUGCCCGCCUGGCGGGCCUCCUGGCCCACCAGCGCGGGCACACGGCCGAGCAGCGCCUGGUGCAGGCUGAGGCGGAGGUCACAUGCCCGGUGCCCGCUCCCCUCCCUCCUCCUCCUCCUCCUCCUCCUCCCUCCACCGCGGCGCCCCGCUCCUCCUCCGGGGACCCGGGACGCCCCUACCAGUGCUCGGAGUGCGGCAAGGCCUUCAAAGGCUCCUCGGGCCUCCGCUACCACCAGCGCGGGCACACGGGGGAGAGGCCUUACAAGUGCUCG